AUGCAUGCUGGCAAAAAGUCACCUACAGGAAAACAUACCUGCCGAAAAGGACUCCUCUCCCAGGUGACAGAGAACCUGUAUGUCAAGGCAACUAGUUUAAAAUCAUCUAUUCCUACAAACUGCACUGUUCGAGAUCAGCUCCUCUCCUUCUAUGUGAAAAAUGUCUUCAGUCGUCUUGAAGUAGGAAGUGACAAGUUGUACUUCAUUAGUGCCUUCCAGGCCCUGCAAGCAAACAUGGAUGCCUGUCUUGGAGAUCAGGGAAUCUACAAGGCCAUCCAUGAACUGGACAUUCUCCUUCCCUGGAUUCAGGCCUAUGUACAAACCAUCAUAUGA